AUGUCUCUCCAACAAAGCACAUCACUGCCUGUUCGCACAUCAAAGACAACCGUGGCUCACCCACUUGCGCCACUGUCAGCACAAGAGAUCCAUGCAGCAUCUACUCUGAUCCGCAACCAAUGGCCCGAGAAGACAGACCUCCAGUUCAAGGUCCUCACUCUCGAGGAGCCUGCAAAGGCUGAGAUGGUGCCCUACCUGGAGGCCGAGUUCAAGGGGCAAAGCCUCCCUAGCAUCGACCGCAGAGUCAUGAUUGCUUACUACAUCCGCAAGACUAGGAUACAAAUGCUGAUCUUCUCCAUCGUCAACCUGUCGACGUCGACAGUCGAAAGCAACGUUAGACUCGGACCCAACGUACACGCUGCAGGAGAUGGAGAAGAAAUCUUGGAUAUUGAGAGAUUGGCGCUCGAGGACGAGGGUGUGCAGGCUGAAAUUGCCAAGUUGCAACUACCCGAAGGCACCGCUGUCGUAUGCGAUCCCUGGAUCUAUGGCUCGGACGGCGUGGGUGACGACGAGCGCAUGUACCAGUGCUUCCUGUACAUGCGUGACCCCAAGAACACCGACGAACUCGAUUCGAACCAUUACGCUUUCCCUCUCGCCAUCUCGCCUGUUCUCAGCGCUGUCGAGCGCAAAGUCAUCCGUAUCGACAUGAUGCCUACCGGAAAGGACAACACCAUCAAGCCUACCCAACCCUGGAAGCCUGUUCACGCCAACGAGUAUAUUCCCGAGGCCCAAACGCUGCGUACAGACCUGAAGCCUCUCCAAGUCCUGCAGCCCGAAGGUGCGAGUUUCAGCGUCACUCAGGAAGGCACAUCACAAACUCUUGAAUGGCAGAAGUGGUCUUUCCGUGUUGGCUUCAACCAAAGAGAAGGCAUGGUUCUUUACAACGUUCGUUACGAUGGCCGCAGCGUCUUCUACCGUCUAUCACUUUCCGACAUGUCUAUUCCCUACGGUGACCCCCGCCACCCCUUCCACAAGAAGGCUGCUUUCGAUCUUGGUGACGUCGGUGCUGGAGUCAUGGCUAACGACCUGAAGCUCGGCUGCGACUGUCUCGGUUCCAUUCAGUACCUCUCUGGUGUCUUGGCUAACGACCAGGGUGAGGCUGAAGAUAUGCCCAAUGUCAUUUGCGUCCACGAGCAAGACGGUGGCAUUGGCUGGAAGCACACCAACUACAGAACUGGCCGUGCUGCUGUUGUUCGUAACCGCGAGCUCGUGCUCCAGAGCAUCAUCACUGUUGCCAACUACGAGUACAUCUUGGCCUUCAUGUUUAACCAAGCUGGUGAGAUGACCUAUGAAGUCAGAGCCACUGGUAUUCUCUCUACUCAGCCCAUCGAUGAUGGCAUCAGUGUACCUUGGGGCACUGUGGUCCACCCUGGUGUCCUCGCCACUCACCACCAACACAUCUUCUCCCUCCGUGUCGAUCCCGCCAUCGAUGGACACUCCAACCGUCUCGUUUAUGACGAAGCCCACGCCAUGCCUCGCAGCGACUUCAACCCUCACGGAACAGGCUACUACACAGAAGAGACCGUCGUCUCACAAUCAGGCGGCUAUGACCUUAACCCAGACAAGAACCGCACUUUCAAAAUCCAAAACGCAAAUGUUCUCAACCCCAUCAACCACAAGCCUGUCGCAUACAAGAUCCACGCCCCUCCCUUCCAAAAAGGUAUCGCCGACAAGGAGAGCUUCAACUACAAGCGCGCAGAGUUUUCAGACCGCAACAUCUACGCUGUCAAAUACCGCGAUGGCGAACUCUACGCUGGCGGCAGGUACACCAACCAAUCUCGCGGCGGCACUGGCGUGCGUAGCUGGGCCGACCGCAAAGACAACAUUGUCGACGAUGAUCUGGUCGUGUUUGUGCAGUUUGGCAUCAACCACGUACCUCGCAUCGAAGACUUCCCAGUCAUGCCUUGUGAGAUUAUCAAGGUCAGUUUGAAGCCAGUCAACUUCUUUGACAGAAACCCUGCUUUGGAUGUUCCGCCAUCCACUCAAGAGUUCAACAAGUCGACGUUGCUUAGUGAGACGCACAAGCAACCUACUGUUGAGGGUAUUGUUGGUGGUGGCAAUGAUUUAUGUUGCAAGACUACCACUGGUAGCAAGUUGUAA